AUGGAGCCUGGCAGCCCCGAUCUCCUGGACGUUCUCUUCGAGCGACGGGAAGGACUCUUCCCCAGCAGCGCCUUCUCCGGAUCGGACCCCAGACUCAGUUUCCCUCUCCAAGACCAUGCUUACGGGUGCAUCUCGGAGAAGACCUGCGAGAUGUGGGUGCCCGGCAUGGAACAGGUCCAGAAUGACAGCGACCCGGAAGACCUCUUGCAAAUGUUCAUCAACCCCAAUGAGGUCUACAGUUCGAGGAGCCCCCUGGCCUCCCCGGAGAGCGACAGCGGGAUCUCGGAUGACCCCCGUGCGGACACCCCCUCGCAAAAUGAGGCCAUCCCCCCAGAUUUGUCCCCCACGUCCAUUUACGAGGUCAUCUGCGAUUCGGGGCUGACGGAAGGGGAGACUCUGCCUGGCAACGUCUUCUCCAGCCACCUAGAAAACUGGAUUCCCCCGGUAAUGUUUCCUGAGGCCUGCAUUACCAGCGAAAUUUCACCCAGCCUCUUUGAGAACAUGGCGAAACCCAACAUGGCAGAGAUCUCCAGGAACCAGGUAAGCCUUUCUUCGCAGGGCUGGGCGGGACAGGGCUCGUUCCUGCAGCAACAUCUCCCGGGCUUCUUCUUGACGGAUGAGGAAAGGCGGCUGCUGAACCAGGAGGGCGUGUCAUUGCAAGGCCACCUGCCUCUCACCAAGGCCGAGGAGCGAGUCCUGAAGAAAGUGCGGCGGAAAAUUCGGAACAAGCAGUCGGCUCAGGACAGCCGCCGACGGAAGAAGGAGUACGUUGACGGGUUGGAGAGCCGGGUUGCCGCGUAUUCAGCCCAGAACCAGGAACUGCAGAAGAAAUUGCAGGAACUAGAGACACACAAUGUAUCCCUGAUCAGCCAGCUCCAGAAACUCCAGGGCCUCAUCAAGUGGACUUCCACCAAGGCUGCCCAGACCAGCACUUGCCUCGUGAUCCUCAUCUUCUCCCUCGGACUUCUCAUCCUACCGAGCUACAGUUCCUUGAUGAGGGGGACCCAAAUAAGCGAGGAGGGGUACCAACCUUCUGGAGUGAUCUCCAGAACGAUCCUGACCGAGGGAGGGCUCUCUGAUCCGGAGGAACCCCCCGGUGCUGACGAACCAGAACCCCUUCCUCUGGAAACUGAACCGCCCCAGAAAGGCUUGCUGGGCCUAGAUGCCGGCGGGGGAGAGAAAGGGGCCAAAGACAACGUCGGGGAGAGAUUGGGGAACGUAUCCGCUCCGGGCCCCUUCGGGAACUCCCAGAUGGAGCCAAAGGAAGGUCUGUUGGUCAAAGCGGAGAAGCCCAUGCCUGAAAGAGACCCAGCCAAGCAAAUACAUGCGGACGAGAUGUAG